CGGAAAGCUGGCGUCUCUCGGCCACAGUUGAGCGUCGCGAUUCGUCACGUGAGGGUCUAAUUUCAAUUUACGCGCGAUAAUAAAAAAUGUCAAAAUUUCAAGACUAAAAUAAAAAUAAAAUUAAUAAUUGCAAAGCAACAAGCCCAUCGAGACAAAUUAGCGGAAAAAUUGAUUGAUACAAAAAAAAAAAUUUCCCACCGCAUGAGAAUAAUAAGGGCACAAGUCAAAAAAAUCUUGAAUAUUUCACGUGUAAUUCCAAAAUAAAACGGAUGAAACAGAGGGGUUGGAGAAGCGAGUAGUGGGGAUAAGGGGAUUGGACGAGUGAUUUGCCGAUACCCGUAGAGUACAGGCGGGGAGGGGGUGAGUACGACUGGCCACGGCGAGGGGGACAAGAGGACAGUGAAAAAUAAGUGUGUGGUGGGGGUAGAACACGUUUACGUGCCGAAACGUGUGCGAAGGGAGCUGUUGGAGUCUUCAGUUGAGGUCGAGCAGCCGUCGGGGCAACAUACCCUUAGUUACUACAUUGGGAAUAAAUAAUAAAGUUCAACCUGUUAAUACCUGUUAUCAAACAGUUGAAAAAUAUUCUCAGUGUCUGUUGUGUGUAGUGCACGAGGAAAAUUAAUAUCACUGUGGAUAUUUAAUCCUGAGUUCAGUGAAUACAAGUGGGAGAUACCGCUGAGUAGCGCAGUGAUCAACAGUGCCAAAGAUAAUUCCAACUUGAUAUAUAUAUAUAUAUAAAUACAUAUUUUCCUUUUAUUCCCCGCCAAAGACAACAAAAUAGUGAGGGGAAAAAAAUACACAACAAACUAAAUAAAAUUGACAAUCUUAUCAGUGUUGAGUGACAGUUAAUCAGUGAAGUAUUUCGAAUUCAUCAGUUUCUGGAAUUUUAAAAACUCAUCAAUCCCCGAAUAAAAUCUCAACGAAUAAUUUUCCCGCGCGGAAGUCGGUGUGUGCCCCCCCCCCCUCUCCCUCCACUGAAGUAGUGGGAGGUUGUUUCAUUCAUAAAAAAACUCUUUAUUACGGCGGCGCAUGUGCUAUUCCACGGGCUCUCAACCGGCUCGAGUACCACAAUAAACAAUUUCGAUAAAACGGUUGAUACUCUACAGAAAGAAAAAGUCAAAAAAAUAACUAAAAUGCGAGGUGAAUCAGCGCGUCCGGGGAAACGUCCCCUACGUGCUUUAUCAGCAUCGGAGAAGAUGGAAGCGAUACAGCGUGUACAUGAGGGUGAGAGUAAAGCGUCAGUGGCCCGUGACAUAGGUGUACCAGAAUCAACCCUCCGUGGUUGGUGUAAAUCAGAGCAAAAGAUUCGUGGAAUGGCGAGAAAUUCAUCGACCCCAGACAGUGAGGCGCAUUCACCAAUUUCAUCAGCAGCAAAUUUGACAAUUGCCCACAAUAAUCACUCCAGCGAAGAGGAGGGACCCUGUGCCAAACGAUCAAAAGUGGAGAUGCCCGCAAGUUCCUCUUAUACGAAUGAAAAUUCGGAGAACGAUGCACGAAUGAGUGAAGCAUCGCGAAUUGAUUAUAUGACAAAUUUGAUGACAAGUAUGGCAGGAAUGAGACCGGAAAACAGUGCACUAUUGCUUCAACAAUUAAGUCUACUUUCGGGUGGUGCAAAUCCAUUGGCAAAGGGAUUGCUGAAUAUGCCAAUGGUGCCCCACAGCAGUGCAGUUGGACUUGUUGAAAAUGGCCUUCAAUACACCAAGAGCAAUGCUGUUAAUGCUGUCAAGAGGCACAGCCUAUCCGCAAUAGCACCUGCCCAAACGGAAGCUGUUAAAUCAUCGAGAAAAAGUCUUCCACCAGCUGCUGAAGCACCACACACACCAGUACCUACAUCACCGAGGAAGACCAGUGAUACAACUACAAGAGAGAAAAAAGAUAAUCAACCAAAUUAUCAGAAUCAUCAGAACAGAAGGGCUGAUGAAACACUCUGGAUGUGGUUGAGACAGCAACAACAGUUACUCGGUCAACAAUCAGCUGCUUUCAAUCUCAGUAAUAAUCAGGGAGAUGGGUCGUGGUUCUGGCAAUGGUACAAACAGUACAAUUAUCCAUCUCCACCACAAACAGCCACCCCUGUUGCCAAAAAAUCACCAAGCAAAACGAGAGCCCUACUUGAUAGUGUUUUGUGUAAUAAUAAUAAUGAAAAUGUUAAUCAUUUUAUCGUGGGAGAGGAGAGUGACGAGAGAGAGAGUGGUAUCAGCAGUGAGGAGGCUAUCGAGCAUGGAGAGAAAUUUGUCCAGUGGCUUGAGAAAUGCAGUGAACCCGCUGUCAGCAGGGUGCAGCUCAUUCAGUUUAAAUAUCUUAUUGAUAAUCUCAAGGCCUGCAGAAAGAAGAAUACUACGGCAAAACAGAGUAGGAAGUAAGAGCGCUGUGAUGGAAGGAGGAAGUCAGAUUACUUAUAGUUGUAAAUAAAAUUAUAUACCAAAUUUUUCGGAGAGAUGUGGCACUGUUGAGAGAAAAGUUUUUUGGGGCCCUUUUGACAUCUACAGUGGCCCGGGAGGAGAUGAGGCGAGCCGUACUGGGGCAUAUCAGUAAUUUAUGGAGGGGGGAGGGGGGUAUUCCGAUUUCUGGAGAUGUCAAAGUAAUGCUUGGGAUUUUCAUGGAAAUUUUUCAGACAGAUGAACAGAAAAUAAUUUAACUGGCUCUUAUCAAUUUCGGAGGGGGGAUUUUAAAAAUUAUUGGAAUAGAACUUUUAAUUGUCAAUUUCCGGAUUUCGAAAACGAUUUUCAAAACGAUUUCAGAUUUUUUUUUCCAUACGUUUACGAAACAUUUGCAAAAUUGUUCGCAUAAUUAUUCAGAUGGAAUCGAACUAGAUUUCUCAUUUUCAACUAGAAGUGACAAAUUUUACUCAUUUUUUUUGUAAAUAUUUCGGCAGCUAUUGAAGUUUCAAAAAAUGGCGCCAAGACUAUGUAUGAUUUAAAAUUAUCAACAAAAAAUUUAUCCCUCCAAAAAUUUUCUUUAAGAUGAUUUUAAGCUAAAAUAUCGGCAAACUAAAUGGAUUUUUUCGCCUUUUUAAAAACAAUAAAAUAUUCACUUCUGCGGUUUGAAAAAAAAUACGAAAAAAAAAUGUUUAUCCCGGAGAGCCACCUAGGAAACAUUUCAUCAAACAAACUAGUUGACACUCCGACUACACGCAUACAUGCAGAACUACCCGAAAUAAGAAAAACUGCAUCACAACCGAGGGCCAAAAUAAAACAUGAAAUUUCUCGUCGAGAUAAUUAAAACUCCUCAAUGGGUCACUCACCAGUGCCAGGGGUUUGCUCAGCGGUUCGUAGGCAAGAUGAUCGCUGACAAAUUUGGCGCAGCCCAGCCACGUGUGUAGCUGCGGAUAUGGCAGCGUGCUCGGUUUUAUGUUCGUCGAUACGAAUUUCUAAACAAAAAAAAAUCAAACCAAUGUAAUUAAUUAAUAUUAAACGUCAUAGCAAUUAAGAAAACUCAUUUGACCCUCGACGUCAUUCAACGCUUAAACGCCGAAUUACUUCUACCUAAAGUGUAAAUUGUUGUUCGCAAGAUAAUAUUUUAUGUAAAUAAUGUAACGAGCGUUCGUGUGAUGGGCUUUGAAAAUUUUUAGAUAAAAUAAACAAAAAGUUUAAUAUAACUUUAUCAAAGUGAGUAUUGACGUCGAGAUUAUUUUAUACACUGGUCGCUCGUGUCACUCGAUUAUUAAUCGUGUCUCAAAAUGCAAUUACCAGAAUUUAAAUCGAUUAUGUAAAAUAAUUCUUCAUCAUUUUUAGUUUAACAAGGGCGCGAGUAAAUAACUGUGACACUUGACAACCGGCGUAGAGUGAAAAUUUAAGAGUUUAAAUGAUUAAAGAUAGUUUAUAAUUGAUAUUAAAACCAAAGCGAUGAUAGAUGGCCAGCGUGAAUGGCCUGUUGUACAUAAAGGCAUGACUGCGCUCGUUAAAUUCAUUGAGUAAGAGGAUUCAAGUGGUUUACGAUGGAAUUAGGUAAUUUAAAAUGACAAGAAAACACGAUGCGCAUAACAUACUGUAGUUACAUAUAAAGGCAUGUAUGGAUAAAUGUAUAGUGGAGUUUAUUUUUAUUAUUUAGAAAGGAAAAAAUGAAUUAGUGGGAAUGGUUCAGAGUUUGAGUGUAAUAGAUGAAAUUUUCAUGAAUUGCAGUUAAAUUUAUCGUGUGUUAAUGAAAAAUUAAAAGGAUUGAGUCUCAAUGAUAUUAUGCUAUUUCAAACAUUCCUGUAAAUCCUCGAUUAUUUCGUUAUGUUUAGUUUUUUUUGCACCUGAUUGUACUGAACAGAGCAAAACAGAAAUUUAAGAAUUUUUUUUUCGGUCGUUUCAUUAUUUUUUUUGGCUUCAAUUAAAUUUUUUAUAAACGAAAAUGCCUUUGUACGAUUUGAAAGUCAUUGAUAAUUAUUUAAUUGAAUAUUUAUCAACUAUGAGUUAUUAAAAAACAAAAAUCCAA